AUGGCCAACUCCAGGAUUAAAGCCAUAGCAGACAGCUUUCAAAACUCGACAAUAAAGUUGCCGCGGCUACCCGCAAUUCGACCUAAUGCGAAACGGCGGGCAUCACGAGAGCGGGGGAGUAGCGAGGCGUCCCGCGACACUGAUGAUGUUGCCACUGGGUCAGGGCGAGCUCCGGGCCGUCAAUACCCUUCGAUGAAGACGAUGCGGAACGCAGCCAAGAACAUCCAAGUGGAGACGCCCCAGCAACGUGCUCACCCUGUGCUGUCGCAGGCAUUGGCCAAGGCCGAGGGCGAUAUAGUCAUACUUGGUGGCUACAGGGGAUCAAUCUUGAGGUCGGCCAAACCCCCUCAUCGACAACUCUGGGUGCCCAUCAAGGUCGGCCUCAACCUGCGCAAAGUGGAUCUUGAGGUGGGCCUCACGCGGGAGGACGAAGAGCGGAUGGAGCAGACAGUCAUCCCAGACGGCAUUCUUUCUCAUAUCGGGCCAAUUGAUGUCUGCAGGAGGCUCCUCAAGCAUAUGAGAAAAUGCCCGAAUGCUCGCGACAACAAGCUCAGAGUCCAUAACUGGGGCUAUGAUUGGCGGUUGAGUCCUGACUUGCUUAGUGAGAAAUUGAUCAAGUUCUUGGAAUCGCUCGAGUCCAACCAUCCUGAGACGCCACGUAGGAUGCGAGGAGCAAUUGUUAUUGCACAUAGCCUUGGUGGGUUGAUUACGCGGCACGCGGUGAAUCAGCGUCCCGACCUCUUUGCCGGUGUGGUCUUUGCUGGUACUCCGCAACACUGUGUGAAUAUCCUAGGACCCCUAAGGAACGGCGACGAUGUCCUUUUGAGUUCCAGGGUACUCACUGCACAAGUCAACUUCACCAUUCGGACCAGUUUUGCCCUGCUGCCAGAAGAUGGCCGCUGCUUCAUUGAAAAGCAUACUAACAAAAGGUUCGAUCUGGACUUUUUCGACCCACAUACCUGGGACGAGUACCGACUCUCUCCUUGCGUUAACCCACCAUUAGGUCAUAGACUCAAAGAAAAAGACGAGGGUAGGAAGAGCAUUAUGGACCAUGUCUCCGAUAGCAUUGCCGAAACUGCUAAGCGUAGUCCUUGGCUCGGAGGUGGGCCUUCCAAAGGACAACCAUCGCAGCAUACAGAGGCCGGAGAACCCUUGGAGGGGACUGUUCACCGGAUGAACGACAAGGUGUUGGAGGUCGACCAAGAUCUCGAGGGCAAUGCGGAGGGCAUGGUUGGACCGUCCAUGAAGCAGUCACACCAGCGACCCAGCGUAGCGACUGCCGUGACAAUUCCGAAAGACGUUGCAAUGGAUUAUCUUGACCGUACGCUGGCCGAGGUUUCAGUCUUCAAGCAGCAGCUGAGAAUCAAUCCGAGACAUCAGGCGAGCAAUCUCUACCCACCGCAUGCGUUCAUCUUCGGCAAGACCGUCCCAACCGUGUACGGAGUGCGGGUGGCCAACAGAAAAGCGAUCAAAUACACGGAUGCAUUUGACGAUCUAGCUUUUGCAGCGGGAGACGGGGUGGUACUCGCAAGUGCGGCACAGCUGCCAGACGGAUAUCUGUGCGUAAAAGGAGGCCGAGUGGAAAGCGACCGCGGGCAUGUUGGGAUCAUGGGGGAUCUUGAAGGGAUGGGACGCUGUAUCGGGGCUGUGAUUGAUGCCAGAUUGAAGGGUGUCGGACUGGGCAAAGAGUAUGCGCGCAACAGUCUGGAAAUGAGCGAUGUUGUUGAGGGAUGA